UUGUGAAAAUGGCGACGCCUCGUCGCUCCUCUCAGCAGCAGCAGCCGAACUCCCCGCUUUCCUCCCCGCCCCGCGGCUCCUCUCGCCCCGCCACCCCUCCUGGCUGUCCGGCUGCACCCACCGACAAUGCUACCUCGCUUUCCCGCAGAGCCGCGUUGGACAACCAGGCUGACGGGGAGGCAGCCCCUUCAUCUCCCACCGCCUCCCCAGCUCUGGCCCUCUCCGCCAGCAGCAGCAGCAGCACUAGCAGCAGCGCUAGCUCCCCGACAACCACCGAGGGCAGCGGGUCCAGCCCCGGCUCUACGCCCGACUCGGGCAGCAGUGACGCGGCCAGCAGCAGCAGCAGCAGCGGCGGUGGUGGUGGUUCAUACGGGGCUUUCAGGGACCUUUUUGAAGCCUGUCGUAACGGGGAUGUGUCUAGGGUGAAGAAACUCGUGGAUGCACUGAAUGUUAACGCAAAAGACAUGGCAGGACGCAAAUCUACACCCCUACAUUUCGCUGCAGGUUUUGGGCGGAGGGAUGUGGUCGACCACCUGCUUCAGAUGGGCGCCAAUGUGCACGCUCGGGACGAUGGGGGUCUGAUCCCGCUUCACAACGCCUGCUCAUUCGGCCAUUCUGAGGUGGUGUCCUUGCUGCUGUGUCAGGGGGCCGACCCCAACGCUCGAGACAACUGGAACUACACGCCACUCCAUGAAGCUUCCAUCAAGGGCAAGAUAGACGUCUGUAUAGUGUUGCUGCAGCAUGGAGCCGACCCCAACAUCCGCAACACCGACGGCAAGUCCGCCCUGGACCUGGCUGAACCCUCCGCCAAGGCCGUGCUCGCAGGUGAAUACAAGAAGGACGAGCUGCUGGAGGCGGCGAGGAGUGGAAACGAGGAGAAGCUAAUGGCCUUGCUCACACCGCUCAACGUCAACUGCCACGCAAGCGACGGCCGCAAGUCCACUCCACUCCACCUGGCAGCAGGAUACAACAGGGUGAGGAUAGUUCAGCUGUUACUACAGCACGGAGCAGAUGUUCACGCCAAGGACAAGGGGGGUCUGGUGCCUCUGCAUAACGCCUGCUCCUAUGGACACUAUGAAGUUACUGAACUGCUGCUAAAGCACGGUGCGUGUGUGAACGCCAUGGAUCUUUGGCAGUUUACCCCUCUCCAUGAAGCGGCGUCUAAAAACCGAGUGGAGGUGUGCUCUCUGCUGCUGAGCCACGGGGCCGACCCGACCCUGCUCAACUGCCACAGCAAGAGCUCCGUGGACAUGGCGCCCACUCCCGAGCUGAAGGAAAGACUUACAUAUGAGUUUAAGGGCCACUCGCUGCUCCAAGCUGCUCGCGAAGCUGACAUGGCGAAGGCUAAGAAGACCCUGGCUCUGGAGAUCAUUAACUUCAAACACCCGCACACACACGAGACAGCACUGCAUUGCGCGGUAGCAUCUCCACACCCAAAGAGGAAACAGGUGACAGAGCUGCUGCUGAGGAAAGGCGCCAACAUAAAUGAGAAGAAUAAAGAUUUCAUGACUCCUCUCCAUGUGGCGGCAGAACGAGCUCAUAAUGACAUCAUGGAGGUGCUACAGAAACAUGGUGCUAAGGUGAACGCCGUGGACACCCUGGGUCAGACGGCGCUGCACCGCGCGGCGAUGGCGGGCCACCUUCAGACCUGCAGGCUGUUGCUAGGAUACGGGGCAGACGCCUCAUUGCUGUCGCUGCAGGGCUUCACUGCUGCUCAGAUGGGAAAUGAAGCUGUGCAGCAAAUACUCAACGAAAAUGUGCCGGUGAGGAACUCGGAUGUGGACUACAGACUGCUGGAAGCUGCUAAAGCCGGAGACCUGGACACCGUCAAGUCGUUGUGCACGGCUCAGAAUGUGAACUGCAGAGAUCUGGAGGGAAGACACUCCACUCCCCUUCACUUUGCUGCCGGCUACAACCGAGUGUCGGUGGUGGAGUACCUGCUGCAGCACGGGGCAGACGUGCAUGCCAAGGACAAAGGAGGCCUGGUCCCCCUCCAUAACGCCUGUUCAUACGGUCACUACGAGGUGGCCGAGCUGCUGGUCAGACACGGAGCCUCGGUCAACGUGGCCGACUUGUGGAAGUUCACGCCGCUCCACGAAGCCGCCGCCAAGGGCAAAUACGAGAUCUGCAAACUGCUGCUGAAGCACGGAGCAGAUCCCACCAAGAAGAACCGAGACGGGAACACGCCUCUGGACCUGGUGAAGGACGGGGACACGGACAUCCAGGACCUGCUGCGAGGGGACGCCGCGCUGCUGGACGCCGCAAAGAAAGGCUGCCUGGCCCGGGUGCAGAAGCUCUGCAGCCCCGAAAACAUCAACUGUCGGGACACGCAGGGACGCAACUCCACACCUCUGCACCUCGCAGCGGGCUAUAAUAACCUGGAGGUAGCAGAGUACCUGCUGGAACAUGGAGCCGAUGUGAAUGCACAGGACAAAGGAGGGCUCAUACCUUUACACAAUGCUGCUUCAUACGGGCACGUGGAUAUCGCCGCCCUGCUGAUCAAGUUCAACACCUGCGUCAACGCCACAGACAAGUGGGCGUUCACUCCCCUCCAUGAGGCUGCGCAGAAGGGGCGGACGCAGCUCUGCGCUCUGCUGCUGGCCCAUGGAGCCGACCCCACCAUGAAGAACCAGGAGGUGCAGACGCCGCUCGACUUAGCAACGGCUGAUGACAUCAGAGCGUUGUUGAUUGACGCCAUGCCUCCCGAUGCCCUGCCCAGCUGUUUGAAGCCCCAGGCCACUGUGGUGAGUGCUAGUGUGGGGGGUGCCGGUGCGGCAGGGGGCGUCUCUCCAUCUCCAUCCCCCUCCUGCCUGUCUGCUGCUAGCAGCCUCGACAACCUGACCACGUCCCUCAGUGACCUCACUGUGGGCGGGGCCACCGGACCAGCUGAUGGAGCGUCUGGGUCGGACAGGAAGGAAGGAGAAACUCUGCUCGACAUGACCAUCAACCAGUUCCUGAAGAGCCUCGGGCUGGAACACCUCAGAGAAACCUUCCAGCGGGAACAGUCUUUUGACAAAAGACAACCAGAAGCCGGACUGACUGAGGUGUGUGUUGUUUCCGGGCAGAUUUCGCUGGACGUGCUGGCAGACAUGGGUCACGAGGAGCUGAAGGAGAUUGGCAUCAACGCUUACGGUCACAGACACAAACUCAUCAAGGGCAUCGAGAGGCUGCUGGGAGGCCAGCAAGGUGCAAACCCGUACCUGACGUUCCACUGCUCCAGCCAGGGCACCGUGCUCAUCGACCUGGCAACGGACGACAAGGAGUUCCAGUCUGUGGAGGAAGAACUUCAGAGCACUAUCCGAGAGCAUCGCGACGGAGGCAACGCGGGGGGGGUCUUCAGCCGGUACAACAUCAUUAAGAUUCAGAAGGUGGUGAAUAAGAAGCUCCGGGAGAGAUAUUCACACAGACAAAAGGAAAUAGCAGACGAGAAUCACAACCAUCACAACGAGCGGAUGCUCUUUCACGGUUCCCCUUUCAUCAAUGCCAUCAUCCAUAAGGGCUUUGAUGAGCGACACGCCUACAUCGGUGGCAUGUUUGGCGCCGGGAUCUAUUUUGCUGAGAACUCCUCAAAGAGCAACCAGUACGUGUAUGGGAUUGGUGGAGGCACGGGAUGUCCCACCCACAAAGACCGCUCCUGCUACGUGUGCCACAGGCAGAUGCUGUUCUGCAGAGUGACGCUGGGGAAGUCCUUCCUCCAGUUCAGUGCCAUGAAGAUGGCCCACGCCCCCCCCGGACACCACUCAGUGAUCGGGAGACCCAGCGUCAACGGACUGGCCUACGCAGAGUACGUCAUCUACAGAGGGGAGCAGGCUUACCCAGAAUACUUGAUCACCUACCAGAUAGUGAAGCCUGAGAGCCUUGCUGCCCCGGCGGCCCCCCCCCGAGCAGAAGUCCUAAAACUCUCAGCUCUGCAACGGACCAGAGCCGCUCUCUGAGGGACUAGAACUGAACUGGAGGGGGUUUCAAACCUCACACACACAUUUCAAGUCUCCAGAGUUGACCUUGAGGUGGGAGAGGGCGACAGGGCAGAGGUCAGAGGUCAGAAAGCCUUUGGAAACAGACCCGGAUGUGUCUUACAAGGAGGAGGAGGAGAAGAAGAGGAUUUCAGAAUGUUGGGGUGCUCAGUUCAAAGCAGCAGAAAGCAACAGAUUUUUGUUAUUGAUUUGGUCAAAUGUUGCCGGAGAAAAUGCAAAUAGUUUGAUCAACAUUUCUGGAGUUCUUCCAGUGAGCUUCUUUUUUUAAAUGUGCAGGCCUGCAGCUGGAUUCGCAAAACAAUUAAGAAAGCAAUUACACCAGGACACGGUCCACAGCAAAACACAACACUGAUGUUGCACUGUAACCUACCCGCAGUUUGUAAAUGUGUUGUUUUGAUAUUGUGUCCUCUUUCGACUGUGCCUGAGGCCCCUUCCGAAAAACAGCCAUUGUCGUGCCGAGGGAACAGAUCCAGCACAUUUGAUGUUACAUUUUCUCCAUUUAGGGUUCGUGAAAACGAGCGGCAGCUCUCUGUGUCUUCUUUUAAACAAAGGAGAAAUCACAAAACUAGUGUGAGCUGAGGGACGUAAGAGAGAUUACAGCGGACAAAUACCCAGCAGUCAAUAAGGAACAGACUGCAGACCUCCACACACAGGGACCUCAAAUCCACACAGAAUAAGAUUGUUUUAAAUAAAUGUUUACUUGGCCAUAAAGACAUAUUUUGGGCAGAGCCAAGUUGUGACAAGCAGCAAGCUGAGACACCUGUCAAUCAUGAAAAUAUGCCCUGGAUAUACCUGCUUUCUCUGCCUUAAUCUCAAUGACUAAAGAAAUGGUGUUUUCCAUGAUAUCUUAUACUUAUAUUUAGCUGUUAAACAUGGCGGUUGCUGCUUGUUUCAGCACAGCUCAUUAAAAACUCAGUCUGUCAUCGGAACAAAUCGAGCACACUGUGACACUGAGAUGAUUUGAAACCCAGUGAUAUCGUCACUUAACUGCGUACAGCAAGCUCUAUAUUUAUCAUCCAAGCUAGUAUUUCAUAUUUUAUGCCACAAUGACUGAGUAAUACAGAUACAAAUAUUCAAAGUCCAGAAUUGUUUUUGUUACAGCUUCUCCCUCGGUGUGAGGAUUGACUGUUACCAACACAUUAAAUAGACAUUUUUACAGAGCUUAAUUCAGAAAACAACUUGACUAAUACUUUAUGAAGCCCCAGCAUGACAUUAAUCCUGAACUUGUCAAUGGCAGUUUAACAUUCACAUGAAACGAGUCACUCAUUUACACAUCUCUUUUUGUUCGCUGUUUUAAUGUUCCUCACGUGGACCCUUGUGUUUACAAAUGUUCUUCUCCAUCUGUUACUGCCCCCUAGUGGUGCACCAGAGGAAUUGCUGGCUUACUAUGAGGAGACCACUGUAUACUCAGAGGUGGGAUAAGUACUCAGAUCUUGUACUUAAUUAAAAGUAGAAGUACCAGAGUGUAGGAAUACUCCAUUACAAAUAAAACUCCUUAAUUUAAAAGGUUAAUCGAGUAAAAGUACUAGCAUCAAAAUAUACUUAAAGUACACAAAGUAAAAGUACUCGUUAUGCAGAUUGGCCCAUUUCAGAAUAAUAUAUAUUAUAUGUUUUGAUUAUAAUUAUUGAUGCAUUACUGUGUUAUCAAAGCUGGUAAAGGUGCAGCUAGUUUAUAAGUAAAGUACCUCAAACGUGUACUUAAGUACAGUAGUUGAGUAAAUCUAGUUACUUACCCACCUCUGAGUAUACUGUAUAUCACAAAGGCAUGUUUAUAAGGAUUCAUUUCUAAACAGUGCUAUUUGUGUUUUUCUGAAGACUAUUCCAUGUUUGUUUUCUUAACUCUUUUUAUACUUUUACUCGACUAUUUCUUCUAUCUUGGAAGCCAUUCAGCGGGCUGGUUACAGGCUUCAAAAGAUAAAUAUGUAAGCACAGAGCUGCAGGUUGACAAAGAGGAUAAUAGAUAUGUUUUACCUAAAGAUGAUUUCACAUUUUUGUUUGUACUAAUAUUUUAAAGUGACACACUAACAUGUAUGAAAAAAACCUCAUAACAGCAAGAUUAGCAAACUCCUCACAUUACGUACUGUACCAUUGAACUUUUUUUUACUGACCAUGUUUUUUUCUGUUGAUUAUAAUGUUGGAUUAAUGACACUGUACAUCACACGUUUAGUUUCUUACAUUUCCACCAAGUCGAGCAGUGAGUCUUUGAAAUUCCUUGAAACCGUGUGGAAAAAGGCUUUUAGAGUUUUUGAGAAUGGAUAGAUUGCCUUUAAAUUGCUAUGAAAUGUACUAUGAUAGAUUUAUCCAGAUCUAGCCCAUAUUACGAAAUACACUUUUAGACAUCAUUGAGGGAUGGGCUAUUAAAUCUGACCAAGCUGCUCUGAUCUUUUAUUUUUAUCCUGAAUUCGUUAGCAUUAGAGUGUCAGUAAAAGUCAGAUUUCAGCUGAUUUGCACUUUAAAUUAAAAGGUAAAGAUGACGUUGGUCUGAGUUAAGAAUAUUGAAUCUAGUGUGAAGUCUAACAUCUCCUGGAUCUGACCUCAAAUCAGUCGCCCCUGAGAAUUAAACUAAAGCUUUUUGUCCAACAAUGUUCACAUUGGGACAUUUUUACAUCAGCUUUUCUCCCCUCAGGUGUGCAGCCUCCAGCACAGCAAGGGUUCAUCCCAAUAACACACAUUGAUGACAUUGAGAAUUUGAAGCUCAUCCAAACAUUUUAAAUUAUUAUUUUCAUGGGGAAAUAAUACGGAGUAACAACUGAAUACUAAUGAGACAAUUUGAACAGAUAAAUGAAACUAUAAUGGCAAAAAGUUUCAGUGAACAUAAGAGUUUACAAAGCAUUCAGCCCGAUGUUAAAAAGCAUGCACUUAAACUAUAUUUGACCAUGGUAGUAAAUGUUGUCUGGCAUUUCACAACACAACUUAAAAUCUAAAGUUCUGAUUAUAUUUCUAAAUUGAUGAAGGACAAACAAUGCAAGUUUUGCAAGACUGAACAUACAUAUUUUCCUUUUUAUGCUUAAACUUGCUGUGUCCCUGAUCAGAGCACUAAGACGAGGGUUUCAGGAAGCGUCACUGUUGGAGUUUACGGUGUGACUUCAUUGCGGUCAGCAGCACUUUGGAUUUAUUAGCAGAAAGCUGUGGGCUUUGUUUUAAACGAGACUGUACAUAAACUAACUCCAGAUGGGCCUUUUAUAGAUGAUUUGAAAUGUAUUGUUCUUUUUCCUUUGAAAUACUUUUUGUAUGUAAUAACUAUUUGACAUGUGUUAGAGCUGGCCUUUGUCUCCUUCGGUCUCAAGGGUCAGUCAGCCUUUUGAUGUAAAUACUUUGGAGGGGUGUGUGUGUGUGUGUGUGUGUGUGCGAGCGAGCGUGUGUGUUCAAUCAAUCCAUGCCUAUUCUUCUGACCUGCCUUCUACCAAACGGUUUAAUUAACACAUUUCCUCUUCAGUGAUGUUUGACUUCCUGUUGUACAGACGGUUGUACAGAGCUGCUGACCAGCUAACAUGUGUAACGGAUACACUUCUAACUGUUGUACAGAAGAAAAUCUUAAUAAAAGAACUUAACAAAGUGUA